CCUCCUAUACCCUUUUGGCCAUAUUGGAGGCCCUGAUUUGGGUGGUUGUCUUGGGCUGGGUAUUUGUUCCCAUUUACAUUAAGGCUGGGGUGGUGACAAUGCCAGAGUACCUGAGGAAACGAUUUGGAGGCAAGCGGAUCCAGAUCUACCUCUCUAUUCUGUCCCUGUUACUCUACAUUUUAACCAAGAUCUCGGCAGACAUCUUCUCUGGGGCCAUAUUUAUCAACUUGGCCAUGGGUCUGGAUCUGUACCUGGCCAUCUUUCUCUUAUUGGCAAUCACUGGCCUUUACACAAUCACAGGGGGCCUGGCGGCUGUGAUUUACACCGACACUUUGCAGACGGCGAUCAUGCUGGUGGGGUCUUUCAUCCUGACUGGGUUUGCUUUCCACAAAGUGGGAGGGUAUGAUGCCUUCAUGACAAAGUACAUGAACGCCAUUCCAACUGUGAUUACUGAUGGAAACAUCACCAUCAACAAAGACUGCUAUACACCAAGAGCUGACUCUUUUCACAUCUUCCGAGAUCCCCUCAAAGGAGACCUGCCAUGGCCUGGGAUCAUCUUUGGGUUGUCCAUCCUUUCCCUGUGGUACUGGUGCACAGAUCAGGUCAUUGUGCAGCGCUGCCUCUCAGCCAAAAACAUGUCUCAUGUGAAGGCCGGCUGUAUCCUGUGUGGGUACAUGAAGCUGCUGCCCAUGUUCCUCAUGGUGAUGCCAGGAAUGAUCAGCCGCAUCCUGUACACAGAAAAAAUUGCCUGCACUGUCCCCUCGGAGUGUAAGAAAUAUUGCGGUACUGAGGUUGGCUGUACCAACAUUGCUUACCCGACCUUGGUGGUGGAGCUCAUGCCCAAUGGACUGCGAGGCCUGAUGCUGUCAGUCAUGUUGGCCUCUCUCAUGAGCUCCUUAACCUCCAUUUUCAAUAGCGCCAGCACCCUCUUCACCAUGGACAUCUAUACCAAGAUCCGGAAGGGAGCAUCUGAGAAAGAGCUCAUGAUUGCAGGAAGGUUGUUCAUCCUGGUGCUGAUAGGCAUCAGCAUUGCCUGGGUGCCCAUUGUGCAGUCAGCACAAAGUGGGCAGCUCUUCGAUUACAUCCAGUCCAUUACCAGUUACUUGGGACCACCCAUAUCAGCUGUCUUCCUGCUUGCUAUUUUCUGGAAGAGAGUCACUGAGCCGGGAGCCUUUUGGGGACUGAUCAUAGGAUUUCUGAUCGGGAUAUCCCGUAUGGUGGCUGAAUUUGCCUAUGGAACUGGGAGCUGCAUGCAGCCCAGCAACUGUCCCACAAUUAUCUGUGGCGUUCACUACCUGUACUUUGCCAUCAUCCUCUUUGUCAUUUCUGUCAUCAUCAUUGUGGUCGUCUCUCUCUUCACCAAGCCAAUUCCAGAUGUGCAUCUCUACCGCCUGUGUUGGAGCCUGCGCAACAGCAAAGAGGAGCGUAUUGACUUGGAUGCAGAAGAGGAGGACAUUCAAGAAACCCCAGAGGAGACCAUUGAAAUAGAAGUUCCUGAGGAGAAAAAAGGAUGCUUCAAGUGGGCCUAUGAUCUGUUUUGUGGCCUGGACCAGCAGAAGGGUCCCAAGAUGACGAAGGAAGAGGAGGAAGCUAUGAAGCUGAAGAUGACAGACACCUCUGAGAAGCCUUUAUGGCGAACAGUAGUGAACAUCAAUGGCAUCAUCCUGCUGUCCGUGGCCGUUUUCUGCCAUGCAUUUUUUGCCUGA